UUGUGCUUUGACGUGUUUGAAAGAGCAAAAAUGUCUUACAGCAGAAAUAAGGAAAAAAGGGACUCAUCAGAUACAAAUGACUUAAACUGUUCAACAACAGAGACAGGAAAACAGAAUGAAACAGACGUUGAAGCCGUUACUGAACUUGGAGAGAUUUUAUUGGUGAAUGAAAAAGACAAAAAGAACAGUAAAUGCAUCACACUGAUUUAUAGUAUCAGUGACAGGCCGCCAUGGUAUUUGUGCAUACUUUUAGCAUUUCAGCAUUAUAUUUUAGCCUUUGGAGGCAUAAUAGCAAUUCCAUUAAUCCUAGCUGAACCUCUGUGUAUAAAACAUGAUAAUUAUGUGAAAAGCCAGUUGAUAUGCACCAUAUUUUUUGUAUCUGGAAUUUGCACACUUCUUCAAACAACCAUAGGCACAAGAUUACCAAUUCUUCAAGGGGGCACCUUCAGCCUCAUUACUCCAACAUUAGCUAUAUUAUCUUUGCCUAAGUGGAAAUGUCCAAAUAAUGAAGACAAUAUAUAUAAUGGAACUGCAAACAAUUCCGAAACUGACCCAGAUACCUGGAAAUUGCGUAUGAGAGAAAUUCAAGGCGCUGUAAUAGUGGCUUCUACUAUGCAAGUCCUGCUGGGUUUCUCUGGAUUAAUUGGAUUUCUGUUGCGGUUUCUUGGACCUCUGGCUAUAACACCAACCAUUACACUUAUAGGACUUUCAUUAUUUGGUGAAGCAGGAAAGAAAUGUGGUGUCCAUUGGGGGAUAGCUGCACUAACCAUUGCAUUGAUUGUGAUCUUCUCACAGUAUCUUGUAAACAUAGAAUGUCCAAUAAUACGCUACAGUAAAGGAAAAUGGAAUUUUACCAAAUAUCCCAUUUUCAAACUGAUUCCGGUAUUGUUGGGAAUGUGCCUUUCUUGGCUGAUCUGUUACCUUUUGACACACUUUAAUGUAUUUCCAAGUAACCAGACAAGUUAUGGCUAUGCUGCACGAACUGAUCUUGAUAUUGAUGCAAUAACCAAUGCUCCUUGGUUUCACGUGCCAUAUCCAGGUCAGUGGGGUUGGCCCACAGUGAGCUUGUCCUCAGUACUUGGAAUGCUAGCAGGUGUUUUGGCCUCGACAGUAGAAUCAAUUGGAGAUUACUACACUUGUUCAAGGUUAUCUGGAGCCCCGUUGCCUCCAACCCAUGCAAUAAACCGUGGGAUCGGAAUAGAAGGAAUUGGAUGUAUACUGGCUGGACUUUGGGGAACAGGAAAUGGGACAACAUCUUAUAGUCAGAAUAUUGCUGCUUUGGGAAUUACAAAGGUGGGGAGUCGCUUAGUCAUGCAAACUGCUGGAAUUCUUUUACUCAUCUUAGGGGUCUUUGGAAAGUUUGGAGCAAUUUUUAUCACCAUUCCAGAACCUGUAAUUGGAGGAAUGUUUAUGGUCAUGUUUGGCAUGAUUGCAGCAGUAGGCAUUUCAAAUCUCCAGUAUGUGGACUUAAAUUCAUCAAGAAACCUAUUUAUCCUAGGAUUUUCAAUGUUUAGUGGCCUUGUUAUCCCAACAUGGUUGGCAAAAAAUCCAGGAUUUAUCAAUACAGGAGUGGAGGAACUUGAUCAAGCACUUACUGUCCUGCUGACAACUAAUAUGUUCGUUGGAGGAUUCUUUGGAUGUCUUCUGGAUAACACAGUACCAGGUUCAGAUGAAGAAAGAGGAACUUCAGCUUGGCAUAAACAAAUGCACCCAGAGAAAACUAAUGGUAGCACUGAACAAUCUUGUUAUGAUCUGCCUUUUGUCUCAAAAUACCUUAGAAGGCUUUCAUGGAGCCGUUACAUUCCAUUCUUACCAGCAUUUCAUAUGGAUAAUUAACUGCCCUAUUCCAGAAGAGUUGGUUUCCUGCAUUCCCAAGUCUCUAAUUAUAAAUUCAUUCAAUAAAGAGAUUAACUUAGAAAUUUAGUUUCACAUUGAAAUAUAUUAACUUAUAUCCCUGGAAAUGUUAGCUCCCAGUGUCUUCAAGAUUGUCAAGGUGAAGACAUUGCAAAUUUAACUGGGAUUAGUAGUGACAUGGAGCUUAUGGAACCAAUGCUACAUUUCAUAGACAGCAAACAUCAUUUUAACCCAGUCCAGGUCAGCCCUCUAUUUUUCCAAUAGUUUUCAAUACGCAUUUUCCUAACCAUGUCAUAAAUUUGGCAGGACCAUCAACAGUCAUCCAGGAGCAGGUGGGGUUAUUUAUUUAAUUAGCUGUGUACUAAGUAAUUCUAUCUAAAUUUGGCCAAAAGCCUUUGCAUCACAUUAUAUACUGCUGACAAUAAAAAAAAAUACAAACAAUUCAAUAUCAUGCAUAGACAGUGGAGAAGGUUAUGCCAGUCUCCUUUUUUACUUAUUACAUUAGCCAAUUUCAACCCCAUCCCGCCCUUCAGCAGAACAUGACACCACUGGGCUCAAUAUAUGAACCCCAAAAUGCUUAGAAGUUGUUGUAGAAUACAUGUUUAAUUUUUCUUCUACCUUAUAUGUACAGAUUAUCAAACAGCUUUCCAUGGGGAUAACAGUGCCCAUUCCACUGCCUGUAUGAGUAAAGGGCACCUACCAAACUAAUGAUUUUAUUUAACAUUAAUGGUCUAAUUUAAACUCUUCACAAGUGACUGAUACUAUUGUGAUAGAAAGUUCGAUGGUGUCAGGUACAGGAGAAGCAAUUUAUCUUUGCCUUUCUCACAUUCCUAUUAGGAUGUAUAAUACAGUCCCAAGUCACAGGACAAAUUUAUGUUAUUUAACUUUUCUCAGCCUGCUUAGCUAUACAACAUUUCCUAACUUCUAGCCAUUUAGAGACAUUUCUAUAAAUAAACAGCAAUACACCGCACCUACAUACACUUUCUUAAGCAUACAAAAUAAAUUUUUAAUGUUAUGCUUUGAA